AAUGUACCAUCCGGCGGUCCUGAGCUCUCCCCCCCUCGAGCUCCAAAAUUCAAAGCAAAAAUGGAGAGCGCCAUCUCCACCUUCUGCGGAUCCCUGGCCACAUUCUGCAACCACCUCGACUCCUCCACUGAAGCUCUCUCCGAUUCCAUCCAAAGGAGGCCCGUUCCCCUCGAUUCCGCUGCUUCCGCCUUCCUGCAGUCCCUCGAUCGCCGCAUCUCCUCCGCCAGCGCCGACCUCAAUCUCCUCGAAUCCAUGGCUCUCGGCACCGUCUCCUUCGAGGAGCUGCUCGGCCACUGCUACGAGGUCUACAAUACCAACCAGAAGUACAUCACCGACAUCGAAGGUCGAAUGAGUAGCUUCGGCUACGUCCCUGAGGCGGAGGGGGAUGAUGAUCCCGAGUUUGCGAGUCCUGAGAUUGGAUCGAAAAGGCUGGACUUUGAUUGUGCGUCGGUUUCGGGUGUGAGAUCGAAUAGGAAGAAGCUGGAGGAGGAUCUCUUAUUUGAGGACUCACUCUCACUACAGAACCUUGGCCUCUCAGAUGCUUGUCUUGCAACUUUAGCCUCCGAAGCUUCAUCCCUACUACCGAUGGAUGCUUUGACUGCACAAGAAUCCAAAGUGACAGACGGAGGUGCUACUAAUAUGAUUAUUAAGAUAGUGAAAGAUGAUUAUGAUAGCCUUCCUUCUUACAUGAAAAGUUUGGCUUCAUGGGAGGAACUGCAAGAAGCUGUUGCUAAGUUGAACGUUUUCUUCUGUAAGAAAGAGGGAGAUCAGGAAUGCACUGCAAUCGAUCAGCAUGAUAUUGAAUCUUUAGCACUGGGCCACAAGGGGCGAUCUUACUUGCUGCUGCUUUUGCGCAUGAAACAACUUGUUGUUGAGACUGUUGAUGGAUGCAUUAAGUAUCGUGCUUGCGUUGGUUAAUCAUAAGGUGUUAAAUCACUUGUAUUCAUAAAGCUUCCGGUUUCCACUUGAACCACAAUUUUUAUAUGAGCAUUUACAUUUCAGAUUAUUGUAUGUGUGUUCUCCUGUACCGGACUAAAGUUGGAAAUCUGCAUUAAUUUCCUUGUGUAAAUCUAA